CAGUUAUUAUUUCAAUUGAUCAUUACAUUUAUUUGACACUCAACAGUUUUGUUAAAAAUGAAGUCAACUUUAUUUGUUGCUUUGAUUGCUCUUGCAAUUUCAAGCUCAUUUGCCGUUAAAAUCCAAGGAUCAUGUCCAGAACCAAAACAACCCAAAGUUGAUACCGGUAAUAAUUGGUACUUUUCAAAUUUUGAAGGAAGCUGGACUGUUUUAGGUCGAAGUGAAGAAACUGUCCCAAGAACUGUGUACAAUACUCUUGAGAUCAGUCACCUUUAUCUUGGAAAAGUUGCCGUUAUUGAGAAAGGAAAUACUCGAGACAGUGAAGUUAUGUCACUUUGGGACAAGUUUAUCGAAUUGACUGUUGGUGACUUUGAUGGAAAAUCUUAUUAUGAUUUCGAAGAUGAACCCUACUCAUUCAACAUCACAACCUCAGAUGGUAAACGAGGUGAAUUUUGGAUGCCUUAUUUCGCUCGCCCUAAAUAUGCCGAAGCUGUCUUAGCAAGUUGUGUUAGAAUUGAUGAAUCAACUGUCGAUGUUAAAGCAUGGUUUGUCUCAAAGACUAAAUCAGUUUCAGCUUCACAAGAAGUUAAAGAUAUUGUUAAAUCAUUGACUGGACACGAACUGAUUGAAGUCUGUCAAGGAGACUUCUGUUGAUCGAUAUUUGAAAUUUGUCAUAUAAGAUGAAUUUUCAUUUAAACUCUUCAUCUGUUGAUUGUAACAUUUCUUAAAUAAGAAUAUUAAAUAAUUUUUUAAAAGCAAA